GUAGUCUCCAACGACACAUGUUUGAACCCCGGCCUAACGAAGCGAAGCAGUCGCAAUUUUUAUUAUUUUUAUUAUUGGGUCUUGAACCCAUCGGCCGCGCCUCUCCAUCUCCAUCUCCAUCUCCACCGCAAUAUCUCAUUUCUGCUCCCGCGCGGACGUUGGGCGCUUGACCAAACCGUCGGGCGCUACAAGAUUAAUGCGCCGGUGGUUUGUCGAGGAUGGGACCACGGCAUGGGCCGCGUGGGACGACGGCCACGAGAGAAGCGACUGAAUCAAGGCACAGCGACGGCCGGGUCUCACCACAAUCGCCGUCCAGGCCAUAGUCGCGCCGGGUCUGGUGGUGAGGUGAGGCCCGAGGCUGAGGCCCGCCGGCCACCGGACGCUAUGAGCCUACAGGGUCGUCGUCGCGGGCCUGGCGGAGCGACAACUUGAGACGGAGACGAGAAAAGGCGAGAAUCGAAUGGCCUGCGGAGCACUAUAAUUGUUCGCGAAGCUGGUCCCUGUAUAUUCG